AUGGGAGUGGAAGAAGUGAAGGCCGUCGACACGGCGGCUGAUGGCGCCGAGGAAGACAGCACUUUCUUGUCACCACCCAGAAAGUCCAGAAGCAAGACACGUAGACUCUCGAGUCAGAGCGCCACUCGUGCCGACCUUUUUGGGCCACCUACCGUCGUGGCACCCCCUGAUCAACUGGAUUCUGAAAGCAAUGCCCAUUCGACGGCCGAGGCUAUGGAGAUGGCCAAGCAUCAUUUGGCUGAAGGAUCAGAAACUUCGACUCCUGACGAUUCUGGUCCUGUCACUCCAGAUGGCACAGACCUCACAACCACCGACAAAUACGCCUUCGCCUUUGACAUUGAUGGCGUUCUGAUCAGAGGAGGCGAGGUGAUUCCUGAAGCCAUUGAGGCCAUGAAGGUGUUGAAUGGGGAAAACGAAUGGGGUAUUAAAGUACCUUACAUCUUCGUGACCAAUGGAGGUGGCAAGACCGAAGAAGAGCGCUGCAUCCAGCUCUCCAAUCAACUGAAAAUGGAAGUGUCCCCUGGACAAUUCAUUUGUGGGCACACUCCCAUGAGAGAAAUGGCCGAGAAAUAUCACACUGUUCUUGUCGUUGGUGGUGAAGGUGAGAAAUGCCGGACCGUCGCCGAAGGCUAUGGAUUUAAGGACGUCAUCACCCCGGGAGACAUUAUCAAAGACAACAAGGAUACCACGCCGUUCAGAAAGUUGACCGAGGAGGAGCUCCGGAACUCGAAGAAGCGAAACUAUGGAGAGGUCGAUAUCGAAGCGGUCUUUGUCUUCGCCGAUAGCCGGGAUUGGGCUGGUGACUCGCAAAUCAUUCUCGACCUCUGCAUGAGUAAGAAUGGCCGACUCGGCACACGGUCCGAGACUUUUGACGAGGGCCCUCCUGUUUACUUCUCCCAUAACGACAUCGUCUGGGCGACCUCCCACAGCUAUUCCCGGAUCGGCAUGGGGGCCCUUCGUGCUUCUCUUGAGGCCAUGUUUAAAGCUAUCACGGGCAAAGAAUUGAAAACAAUUGCUUUUGGAAAGCCCCAGGUGGGAACCUUCCAAUUUGCCACUCGACUUUUGCAACAAUGGCGGAAAGACACUCACGGAAUCAACCGACCUCCUGAGACGGUUUAUUUUGUCGGCGAUACCCCAGAAUCAGAUAUCCGGGGCACGAAUGAGUUUGACGCGACCGCCGAGGACGCCAGCUGGUACUCGAUUCUGGUCAGAACGGGCGUCUUUAAAGAAGGUACAAAGCCCGCAUACAAGCCCAAGAUGACUGUGGACAACGUCCUUGAAGCAGUCAAACAUGGCAUACAGCGAGAAUUUGACAAGGCCGUCAAGGAUCUGACGGUUGGUGGGGCGGCACCUCAAAUGGCGGAUGCUAUUGCUGAGGACGACGCCGAGCCUUGA